AUGGUUUAUCCGGAUCAGGUCAAUUCCAUCAGGUGUCAGCAAGAAUUAUUUGCGUUGACAUAUUGCUGGUGGGAUGUUCAUCCAUCGAAAAUACAAGCCAAUCACGGAAGGAUGGAAGCGGAAAGUACUGAAUCCAGCUCCAUGGUCGUAUCACAAAAAGUCACCUGGUGGCAUCCGCCUCGCGAGUUCCACAAAUUCUCUAAGCUCCCAAUGGAAAUUCAAUUCAAGAUUUGGGAUAUUGAUCGUUCUCCAGUCAGACAUUACCUUUACGCGACGGGUGGGAAGGGACUGACGUUCUACGGUGCUUUUGAUUGCGAGACCAAGAGCUUUUCGCCAGCACACCAUACCUACUCCCAGAGCUCCGAGCACAGGGGUCACUUGGAUCUCCAGAUGGAGCAGAUCCUCAUCCCCGGAAAAGUGGAUAGAACUCGUCCACCAGAGAUGGCGGCGAUGGGGUAUGAAGUUAUAGAGUUUGAAGUAUUCAUGGGAAGGGUUACCACAUAUCGCCCCUCAGUGCAUGGCGACGGCAUCGUCAACGAGGCGGGACCCGGGUAUGCUUGGGUAACGAUGAAAGAAGACAUCUUCAUCUUGGGAUCCGGAGAAGAGAGCUCUGGAAAGCUGGCAUGUCUUCAGAACCGGGACAGCAACAGUCAGGAGUCGUCAUGCUUCGAAAGCAAUCACUUGACCACCAAGAUUCGGAGAUUGGGCAUUCCCAUAAGAAGAGGGUGCAGUUGGCCUAUGUUCGACCUUGGACCUCAGUGGUGCGAGGCCGAUAUCCGCACUCUGAGCAAAAUGACAUCUCUCCAGGAAGUCCUGUUGAUAAUCCAAUGUGACAUUUGCCGGUGGCGUGGUCGGGACCUUGCUGAUGAGUACGGCUUGAUCUACAACUUUGAGAAGUCUCUUUCGCGUUGCCAUCACAUACAUUAUGAGCAGUGCACCUGUUCCUCCGAUUCCAAUGACGUAUUCCCGCCGCAACCUAGCGACUGCAUAUUUGCACAAAAUCAACAUGGGCGAUACAAGGCCGAAAUGACGGAUCGCCUUGCCAAGGCAGGAAUACCUCAUGUCAAGGUCAACGUUGUGAUUGAUGCUGAGUUAACGGCGGCACGACUAUUGAAUCAAGAACAGUACAUCUCUCAGUACUACCCAUCACCUGGAAGUUUAUUAGUGGGAAAUGGACGGUUAUGGCCAUGGUGA